AUGGAUUUACUCAGGGCAGCAAACACCCACUUUGGGUUUAAUCUUUUCAAAGAAUUGAAGAGAAUACAUGAUGGCAACAUCUUGUUUUCUCCUGUUGGUAUGUCAACUGCCAUUGGUAUGGUCUUCCUGGGGACCCAAGGAGCCACCACCUCCCAGAAGGUGCUUCACCUUGAAAAAGAUACAGAAAACUCCAGAAUAAAUGUCGAAGAACAAAAGGUAGGAGCACUUCUUUUUCCAGCUGUUAGUAUUGAGAAGACAGAAGAGAUACAUCAGCAAUUCCAGAAGUUUUUGACUGAAAUAAGAAAACUCCCUGAUGACUAUGAAUUGUACAUAGCCAACAGACUAUUUGGAGAAAAAACAUACCUCUUUCUUCAAAAAUAUUUAGAUUAUGUUGAGAAAUAUUACCAUGCAUCUCUGGAACCUGUUGAUUUUAUAAAUGCAGCUGAACAAAGUCGAAAGAAGAUUAAUGCUUGGAUUGAAAGCCAAACAAAUGAAAAAAUCAAGGACCUGUUUCCAGAACACUCUCUGAGUAGCUCCACCAAGUUGGUGCUGAUAAAUGCAAUUUACUUGAAAGGAAAGUGGGAUAGGGAGUUUAAGAAAGAAAAUACCAAGGAGGAGAAAUUUUGGCUGAAUAAGAGUACAAGUAAAUCUGUACUGAUGAUGACACAGUGCAAUUCCUUUAGCUUUGUUUUUCUGGAGGACUUGCAGGCCAAAAUUGUGGGAAUCCCUUAUAAAAACAAUGACCUCUGCAUGUUCGUGCUUCUGCCCAAUGACAUUGAUGGUCUGGAGAAGAUUAUAGAUAAAAUAACUCCUGAGGAGUUAGUAGAAUGGACCAACCCUGGGAAAAUGGAAGCAAGAAAUGUGAGUCUGCACUUGCCCCGGCUUGAAAUAGAAGACGGUUAUGACCUGGAGCGUGUCCUGGUGACCAUGGGGUUAGGAGACACUUUCAGCCAGUGUGAGGCAGGCUACUUAGGGAUGUGCCUGAAAUCAGGGCUGGAGGCCCAGAAGUUCCUGCACAGGUCCUUUCUGGAGGUGACUGAGGAAGGCACGGAGGUCACUGCAGCCACUGGUAUGGCCUUUACAGUCUCUUCAGACUCAAGCUGUGAAUAUGUUCAUUGUAAUCACCCUUUCUUGUUCUUCAUCAGACACAAUGAGUCCAGAAACAUCCUCUUUUUUGGGAGAUUUUCUUCUCCUUAA